AUGGGUAUUCUUGAAAAAAUUGCCGAUAUUGAAAAGGAAAUAGCAAGAACACAAAAAAAUAAGGCAACUGAAUAUCAUUUGGGUUUAUUGAAAGCAAAAUUAGCAAAAUUUCGUCAAGCAUUAAUGGAAGGCGAUGCUAAGAGUGGUUCUGGCAAGGGUGAAGGUUUUGAUGUUAUUAAAUCCGGUGAUGCACGUAUAGCUCUUAUUGGUUUUCCAUCAGUCGGAAAAAGUACAUUAUUAAGUACAGUUACACGUACUGAAUCAACUGCUGCUUCAUAUGAAUUUACAACAUUGACUUGUAUUCCGGGUGUGAUUCAAUAUAAUGGUGCUGAGAUUCAAUUACUCGAUUUACCUGGUAUUAUUGAAGGAGCUGCUCAAGGCAAAGGUCGAGGACGUCAAGUUAUUGCUGUAGCACGUACUGCUGACAUGGUUUUAAUGAUGUUAGAUGCAACAAAAGGUGAAAAACAAAGAGAAAUUCUUGAAGAGGAACUUGAAAGUGUUGGUAUUCGAUUAAAUAGAUGUAAACCAGAAAUAUAUUUUAAGCAAAAAAAAACUGGUGGUAUUAACAUAACAAGUACAGUACCAAUGACAAAAUGUUCAGAAAAAAUGAUUCAAUUAAUACUUCAUGAAUAUAAACUUUUUAAUGCACAAGUUCUUUUUCGUGAUGAUUAUACAAGUGAUGAAUUUAUUGAUGUUGUUGUUGGUCGGCGUGUUUAUAUGCCAUGUCUUUAUGUUUAUAAUAAAAUUGAUCAAGUAUCAAUUGAAGAAGUUGAUCGACUUGCUCAUUUACCACAUUCAGUUGUUAUUAGUUGUAAUAUGAAAUUAAAUAUUGAUUAUAUGCUUGAAAGUAUAUGGAAAUUAUUAAAUUUAAUACGUAUUUAUACAAAAAAACGUGGUGAAAAACCUGAUUUUGAUGGAGGAUUAAUUAUUAGAAAUGGAACAACUGUUGAACAUGUCUGUCGUAUUGUUCAUCGAACAUUGGUUGAUCAAUUUAAAUAUGCACUUGUUUGGGGUACAUCAGUAAAAUUUUCACCACAACGUGUUGGUCUUUCACAUGUUUUACAGAAUGAAGAUGUUAUUUGUUUACAUACGUAUACUUCUCUUAAUUCAUAUAUAACAACAGAUGAUCCUCAUCCACGUACAUCUUCAAAUACAACUUUUGCUACCGGUGAAAAAUUAUUAUCUGGUCAUUAUGAAUCACUUGAUUAUGAAUGUGAUGAAAGUGAAAUAGCUCAUAUGGAAGAAAAACGUUUAGGUUAUCAACAUACACGUCGUAUAGUUGUAUUAAAAUGGUUAAUUAUGUUAUUAAUUGGUAUAUGUACAGGAUUAAUAGCUGUAUUUGUUGAUUUUACAGUAAAAAAUUUAACAAAAUUUAAAUUUAGUUAUGUACAAAAUAAAUUAGAAACAUGUCUAUCUGAACAUUGUUUAUUUAAACCAUAUUUAGCAUGGAUUGGUAUAAAUAUAAGUAUGGUUCUUAUUGCAGGUCUUCUUAUUCUGUGGGAACCAGUUGCACGUGGUUCAGGUAUUCCACAAGUUAAAUGUUAUCUUAAUGGUGUAGCUAUUCCACAUGUACUUCGUUUAAAAGCAUUAAUUGCUAAAGUCUUGGGUGUUAUAUUUGCUGUAUCUGGUGGAUUAGCUGUUGGAAAAGAAGGACCUAUGAUACAUGCUGGUGCGAUUGUUGCUGGUGGAAUUUCACAAGGAAAAAGUACUUCCUUAAAAUUUGAUUUACAUAUUUUGAAAUAUUUUCGUACUGAUAAACAUAAACGUGAUUUUGUAUCAGCUGGUGCUGCAGCUGGUGUUGCUGCAGCUUUUGGUGCUCCUGUUGGUGGUGUUUUAUUUGCUUUAGAAGAAGGUGCAAGUUUUUUUAAUCAACAAUUAACAUGGUUUAUUUUUUUUGCAUCAAUGACAUCAACAUUUACUUUAAAUGUUGUUAUGAGUGCAAUUGAUGGUCAUUUUGGUGAUUUAUCAUCACCAGGUUUAAUCAAUUUUGGACUUUUUAAAGAUACUCCAUAUAUGUGGUUUGAAUUACCUUUAUUUAUUGUAGUGGGUUGUAUUGGUGGUAUAUUUGGUGCUUUAUUUAAUCAAUUAAAUUUACGUUUAACUAAAUUUCGACAUCAUUAUAUAAAUAAACGUUGGUUAUUAGUUAUUGAAGUAAUACUUGUUGCAGCAACAACUGUUGUUGUGGCUUUUCUAUUAAUUAUUGGAACAAUGUAUGAAUGUCGACCGAUUAAAACACAAUUAGAACUUAAUUCACCUACAAUACAAUUAUAUUGUCCUGAUGGACAAUAUAAUGUAAUGGGAACAAUUGUUUUUAGUACACCAGAACAAGCUGUAAGAAAUUUAUUUCAUAGUGAAAUAGGAACAUAUUAUCCAUGGAGUUUAUUAGUUUUUUGUAUUAUUUAUUUUUGUUUAACUUGUUGGACAUAUGGAGUUAUUGUUAGUUCAGGUCUUUUUAUUCCAAGUCUUUUGAUUGGUGCUUCAUGGGGUCGAUUAGUAGGAAUUGUUUUACAUACAUUAUUUCCAUCAAAUGUUAAAUAUUUUGAUCCUGGAAAAUAUGCUCUAUUUGGAGCUGCAUCACAACUUGGUGGUACUAUGCGAAUGACAAUAAGUCUUGCAGUCAUUUUAAUUGAAGCUACUGGUGAUAUUGGACUUGGUCUACCAAUUAUGAUUGUAUUAACAGUAGCUAAACUUACAGGUGAUUAUUUUAAUGAAGGAUUUUUUGAUAUGCAUAUUGCUUUACAAAGUGUACCAUUUCUACCAUGGCAAUCUGACAUAUUUGCAUAUCAACUUUCAGCUUUAAAUAUUAUGUCAGCACCAGUAAUUCAAUUGAAAACUGUUGAAAAAGUUGAGAAUAUUUAUCAUAUUUUACGUACUGAAAGUCAUCAUGGUUUUCCCGUUGUUGAUCAUCAUACAGAUGAAACAAGUAAUCAACGAGCUGGUACAUUUCAAGGAAUUAUUCUACGUCAUCAACUUAUAACAAUGUUAAGAAAACGAAAUUUUAUUUCAUUAAAUGAUUCUCUUCGUGAUUAUUUAACAAUGGAUGAUUUCCGUGAAAGUUAUCCACGUCAUCCACCAAUUGAAAGUAUCCAUUUAACUAAUGAAGAGCGAGAACUUUAUUGUGAUUUAAGACCAUAUAUGCAUUUAGCUUAUACUGUUUCACAUAGUGCAACACUUCCACGUAUAUUUUCAAUGUUUCGAGGUCUUGGUUUACGUCAUUUAGUUGUUGUUAAUGAUAAAAAUGAAGUUGUUGGAAUGAUCACACGAAAAGAUUUAGCUCGAUUUCGUAUGACACAUAAAAAAGGUCAUACAUCAAUUGAAGAACUUGCCAUAUCACACUAA